UGGAACGGUGCGUAGUGGCAUCAAUAGAGCGGCAACCAUGUCAUCCUUAAUGCUCACCAGGAUACUUCCCAAUGCUUCCCAGUGGGUCGACGUAAACGCCUCAUUUAUCGCGGUGACUUCAAUUGUCUUCUUGCUGGCACUGUAUGCAAAAACUGCGUUCCGACAUUUAAGGACAUACUGGUACCUACGAAAAGUGCCGCGGCCAUUGGGUCAAUGGUCCUUCAAGACGCUCUACGAGAUGUGGAAAACGACGUCCAAAAUGGAUGGCGACCUUACGGACUCUGCGAAAUCUUUCAUUUACUUCAAAAGGAUGUUUCAGCGCGCGAUGAACGAUGACAUAGCUGUGAUCUAUUUCGGUGCCACCCCGAUGCUUCUAGGCUGGUCGCCCGAAACAGUAGAGGGAAUAUUAUCAAAAGUCGAUAACCAGAACAAACCUUUCCUGUACGACUUCAUGAAGCCCUGGAACGGCGACGGCAUAUUAACACUGGAAACGGCCCUGUGGAGGGUACGAAGAAAGGCUUUCACGCCCGCUUUCCAUUUCAAGAUACUCGACGACUACAACCCGGUCAUGAAUCGUCGCUCUACGAAGCUGGUGCAGAAACUUGAGGGCUACGGUGGCGAAUACGUCGACCUCCUGCCUGUCAUUCGAACGGCAGGAUUCGGGAUAUUUUUCGAAACUGCCAUGGGCUUGAACGUGGAUGAAGAAGAGGAGGUAAAGCACUACGACCUUCUCAGAGGAAUGGAAGUAAUCGGGACUCGAGUUGUACAGCGGAUGUUGAAUUUUUUCUUGUGGUCCGACAUCACGUACGGGCUUUGCAAGGAAUCCAAAGCUUUUUACCACUACGCCAAUAAAAUCAGGAGCUACAAUACCGGCGUUAUGCGCAAGAAAGUAGCCGAGUACGAAGAAUCAGAAGGACAGAAGAACAAGACCAAUAGAUUUAUAGAUGUCAUGCUGAGGAUGUUCAAGGAAGACGGAAGCCUGCAGGAAGUGGACCUCGUUGAUGAAAUCGUUGCUGCAUUUGUUGGGGGUUUCGAGACGACAUCGCUAUCCAUGUCGUAUGCGUUGCAUCUCCUGGGUUCACAUCCUGAAGUGCAACGAAAGGUACACGAAGAACUCGACGUUGUCUUCGGGGAUGAUAAGGAUCGCCCAGUUACGAAGGAAGACGCUAAAGAACUCAAGUACUUGGAGUGCGUUAUCAAGGAAACUCUAAGGCUUUUCCCGCCACUGCCGAUCCUAGGCAGGGAUUUUCGGACAGAUACCACUAUUGGCGGCCACACCAUUCCCAAAGGUACAGUCGGCCUGGUCCUGCUUUACUUCCUGCACCGAAAUCCAAAGGUGUACGAGAAUCCGAACGACUUCAUCCCCGAACGGUUCCUAGAGACCAGCGCCAAGCAUCACCCAUUCGCGUUCAUUCCCUUCGCCGGAGGUCUAAGGAACUGCCUUGGCCAGAACUACGCCAAGACCGAAGAGAAGAUUGUGCUCUCCCACAUACUUCGUAACUUUCGUGUUAUUUCCAAAGUGCCAACCGAAGACAUCAAAAUCGACAUGGAAUUGAUGCUUCGACCUAUGGAUAAGCUUCUCGUCAAGUUUAUUCCUCGUGACAAAGCAACGUAGAUAUUUUAAAUUAUUUCAUCUGACUCUUCUGCAUCGAGUAUACGUAUUCCUAGCAUCGUCUUGUACACAUCACCUCACUCUCUGUACAUUUCACUGAUGGCGCUGACACAUGCUUUUUUUAUCUGCGCUAUUAAAACAUGU